ACCCUGAGAGAGAUGGAGAAUUUAACACGACACUGAAUCCGGAUUCAUUUGGCUCCACUGUAAAGGUUCCGGACAAGAACCUGACUCCGCAAGCCACAGGUACGAGCAUCAUGGCCCCUCUGGUGCUGUUCAUGGUGAGUUUCGGCCUCGUCCUGUCGGCGUGUUCACGACGCGGGGACGCGCGUGUCAGACUGAACUCCAUCAGCACCGUGAUCCUGAGCGAGGGACACGCACUUCCGGUGAACCGGAGCGCAUGGGGGCCUAGUCUGGACUUAACGCUCUACCAGUGCAUGAGCGACCUGGAGUGCAGCGAGGGGAGUUUCUGCCACGUCUCCAUGAAAGGCACUGCCCACUCCCGCUGCCGCACCUGCCGCAAGAGGAAGAAGCGUUGCCAGAGGGAUGGCAUGUGUUGCCCAGGCAACCGCUGCAGCAAGAAUAUCUGUGUUCCUGAUGUGGCUCAGAGGAUCCUGCACUCAGAGGAAGGGAGGAGUCCACCGUCCAAGGAGAAAGGAUGGAGGAAGAGGGCGAGGAUGAACGUCAGAGGUGUCCACAGCAAAGGUCAGGUGGGGGACCCCUGCCUGCGCUCCUCUGACUGUUCGGCUCAUUUAUGCUGCGCCCGUCACUUCUGGACCCGCAUCUGCAAGCCGGUGUUGCACGAGGGACAGGUUUGCACGCGACACCGCCGGAAAGGGAGCCAAGGCCUGGAGCUGUUCCAGCGCUGCCCAUGUGGGGAAGGACUCAGCUGCCAAAUGCUGAAAGAGCGAAGCACCAAGCCCUCAUCUUCAUCAUCUUCUUCAUCAUCACUGAUGGCAGCAGUGGCAAAAUCCAGAUUUGCUCCAUCUUCUUCCUCUUCAUCAUCCUCAAAGUCAUCAUCAUCAGCGGUGGCAAAGACAAGACUUCACAUCUGCCAGAAGAAAUAAAGUGUGGACGGAUGAGGAGAAAGAAAGAAAGACUUGAAGGGAGGGAGACGAGAAAGGACGGAACUGGCCGACCCCCGAGGGGACGAGAGGCAGAGACACAAAGAAGAGAGAGGACAGAGA